CCAACUUCAGAGUAUACUGCCGUGCUGGAGACGUCUCUUGUGUUUUUUGUCGUUGUUUUGUCGGUCGAUUUUUGUUUAUUACUAUAUUAUUAAAAAAUAUUAGUGCAAAAACAAGAGAGAAGUUUAAAUAGAGAAGUGUUUAAUUGUGAUUAAUUUUGCAAUUGCAAAAAAGUGAAACAAAAUGAGUGAGGAGAAACAACAAUUGAAUGAAAUGGAUGUGGAUGAAAACAAUGGACUUUCGGGUGAUGUACCGAUGGAAAUUGCACCUAUCAUCAAUAUUGAAAAAGAACAUACAACAUCGACGAAUUCAAAUACAGCGUGUCGAAUAAUGGCAUCAUCGGGAACAGUUGGUUCUGUUUCAAUUAGUCUCCAUCCUUUAGUGAUAAUGAACGUUAGUGAACACUGGACUAGGUUAAGAGCACAAGAAGGCAGUGAUCAACUUGUGUAUGGAGCUUUGAUUGGAAAGCAGAAGGGGCGUAAUAUUGAAAUUAUGAAUUCGUUUGAAUUAUUAUUCAACUGUAUAGGCGACGAUGUGAUAAUUGAUCGAGAUUAUUACAACACAAAGGAGGAACAAUUCAAGCAAGUUUUCAGCGAAAUGGACUUUCUUGGAUGGUACACAACAGGUGAUAUUCCAAACGAUAGGGACAUUAGAGUACACAAACAAAUAUGCGAAAUUAACGAGAGUCCAGUGCUUUUAAAAUUAGAUCCAAGACCAAAAAACGCCGAUCAAUUACCGGUUUCAAUUUACGAAUCAGUAAUUGAUUUAGUCAAUGGACAAGCUACGAUGUUGUUUGUGCCAUUAAAUUACACAUUGGCUACAGAAGAAGCUGAGAGGAUAGGAGUCGAUCAUGUUGCAAGAAUGUGCAGUAACGAUCAAGGAGAGAGUUCCUUAGUUGCUGAACAUUUAAUUGCUCAACAUAGUGCCAUUAAAAUGUUGCACUCGAGAGUGAAACUUGUUUUGAGGUAUGUCCAAGCUGUUGAGAGUGGAGAGUUAAAAGGUAAUCAUGAAGUAUUGAGAGCUGCUUGCUCAUUGAGCCAUCGAUUGCCAGUGUUGAAUAGUUCAAAAUUCAAAGCCGAUUUCUACAACCAAUGCAACGAUUUUGGUUUAAUGACCUACCUCGGAAUAAUAACCAAAGGCUGCAAUGAUUCAAAACAAUUUGUAAACAAAUUUAAUCUGCUCUAUGAGAGCCAGAGAUUUGGUCAACGCUUAAGAAGUCUCUUCUUCUCUUGAUUGUUCAACUGCGUUGCUUUUUAUACUAGUUUUUGUUUUUCUACAAAAUCAAUCAUCAAGGGCAUUUUUUGUCACAUCACUAAAAAAAACAAAUUGGCAUUAUUUUAUUUUUGCGGGCUACAAAUUUCAACUUUACAUCAAAAUGCCCGUCGUCACGUCAUCGAUAUUAAGGAAGAAAUAAAAACCUAGUGUUGUGAGUUGAUUGAUUUUUUCUUUUAUUUUUCAUUUUAUUUCAAAAUAUACUCUUUUUACGUUUCUAA